GUCCGAGGGACACCAACCACCUGUCUCUCCCAAUCCCAGGCACAGAGAAUGGCAACAUGUACAGGCUCUCUUCAGACUUCCUGUACGGUGGGCAGAUUGCUGACAGUGGCCGGGACCUGGGUCAGAGCAUGCAGAGAGCAGUUUCCUCCAACACCAUCAGCAUCACAGCUUUCAGAACAGGAGAGUCUCAGGGGGUCGUCCAGCGACGUCACUCUGCCUUACUGCAUCAUGGGACAGAGCAGCUCAGCCACUCACGAACCAUAAUACUGCCCAAGAACGGCAAGCUGGGCCAGCAGUGCAGAGACUGUUCCUACCCUGGGACCAGUGUUAUGGUGGUGGAGCCUCCUUCUCCAGCCACCUCUCCCUACAGCAAUGACAGCUCCACACCGGAGCUGGAGAAAGCAGGUCUGCUGAACAAGACCAAGAUAGCAGAGGGAGGCCGGAAACUGAGGAAGAACUGGAAUCCCUCGUGGGUGGUUCUGGUCGGGAACAGUCUGGUGUUCUUCAAGGAUCCCAAAUCCCAGACCCCCUCCAGCUGGAAACCAGGCAACAGUCGUCCGGAGAGCAGUGUAGAUCUGAGAGGAGCCGUGGUGCAGUGGACCAAUGACCUGUCCAGCAAGAAGAACGUCUUCAAGCUGAGGACGGUGACAGGGAAUGAGUUCCUACUGCAGUCAGAGACAGACUCACUGAUCAGAGAGUGGUUCAACACCAUCCACAGUGUCAUCAAUAGACUGGAUCGGGAGAAUCCCCUGGACAAUGUCCUGCUGUACUCUCUGAGGAGGGCGGGCAGUCUGGAGAUGUUGGACCACAGUGGAGACGAAGAGGACAGUCGAGGAUAUAAAGCAUCACUCCCUCGUUCUGCUUCCAACGUGGAGAACUCAGAGAGGAAGCGUGUUCGGAGCAGACUGAAGAAGUUCAUCCUCAAGAGACCUCCACUACAGAUCCUACAGGAGAAAGGACUCAUCAAGGACCAGGUGUUUGGCUGUCAUCUAGAGAUGCUGUGUGAGAGAGAGAAGAACAAUGUGCCUCGUUUCGUCAGGCUCUGCACUGAGGCUGUGGAGAGGAGAGGGCUGGAGACAGACGGUAUCUACAGAGUGAGUGGGAACCUGGCGGUCAUCCAGAAACUACGCUUCUUAGUCAACCAUGAGCGAGCGGUGACUACAGACGGACGUUAUAUGUUCCCUGCGGAGUUGGUACAAGAGAAGUUGAACCUGGAACAGAGUGAGUGGGAGGACAUCCAUGUCAUCACAGGAGCCCUGAAGCUGUUCUUCAGAGAGCUUCCUGAACCCCUGGUUCCUUACGGCUUCUUCACAGACAUCUUAGAGACCGUCAAGAUGCCAGACUACCUGGAUAAAGUGGACCGUCUGAAGUCUCUGGUUCUGAGCAUGCCUCCUCCCAACCAAGACACCAUGAGGUUCAUGUUCAGUCAUCUCAAACGGGUGAUGGAACAUUCUGACUCUAACCGGAUGUCAACCCAGAACAUCGGCAUAGUGUUUGGUCCCACCCUGAUGCGUCCGGAGAGGGACAAUGUUAACAUGGCCAUCAACAUGGUCUACCAGAACCAGGCCGUGGAGCUCAUUCUCAAUGAGUUUGACCGUAUCUUCAGACCCAGCAACUUUACAUCCCUCUGACAUCCAUUCAUUCCAGAACACCGAAC